AUGUGGCAAUAUGGCCUUUGCAUUAACACAUAUCUUGCAAGGACCUUCCUCAGGUUUACUGGGGACAGGUAUUCCGACAGAGCUCUAGGCGCCUUAGAGUUGCCAGGUAACAGCCAACACACCAUCGAACCAAGUUACAAUGCUACUGACCUAGACACGGAGGAUGUUAUCCUUGAAGAACCUGUUCGUCAACCCCCUCCUCCUGUGAUGGAACCAAUUGCCGAAAGGCAACCUAGGCUACCUGUCGCUGAAAGGCAACCAGUGCAGCCUAACCCUAGUGAAGCUGAAAGGCAACCAGUGCAGCCUAACCCUAGUGAAGCUGAAAGCCAACCAGUGCAGCCUAACCCUAGUGAAGCUGAAAGGCAACCAGUGCAGCCUAACCCUAGUGAAGCUGAAAGGCAACCAGUGCAGCCUAACCCUAGUGAAGCUGAAAGGCAACCAGUGCAGCCUAACCCCUGUGAAGCUGAAAGGCAACCAGUGCAGCCUAGCCCUAGUGAAGCUGAAAGGCAACCAGUGCAGCCUAGCCCUAGUGAAGCUGAAAGGCAACCAGUGCAGCCUAACCCUAGUGAAGCUGAAAGGCAACCAGUGCAGCCUAACCCUAGUGAAGCUGAAAGGCAACCAGUGCAGCCUAACCCCUGUGAAGCUGAAAGGCAACCAGUGCAGCCUAGCCCUAGUGAAGCUGAAAGGCAACCAGUGCAGCCUAGCCCUAGUGAAGCUGAAAGGCAACCAGUGCAGCCUAACCCUAGUGAAGCUGAAAGGCAACCAGUGCAGCCUAACCCUAGUGAAGCUGAAAGGCAACCAGUGCAGCCUAACCCUAGUGAAGCUGAAAGGCACCCAGUGCAGCCUAACCCUAGUGAAGCUGAAAGGCAACCAGUGCAGCCUAACCCUAGUGAAGCUGAAAGCCAACCAGUGCAGCCUAACCCUAGUGAAGCUGAAAGCCAACCAGUGCAGCCUAACCCUAGUGAAGCUGAAAGGCAACCAGUGCCGCCUAACCCUAGUGAAGCUGAAAGGCAACCAGUGCAGCCUAACCCUAGUGAAGCUGAAAGGCAACCAGUGCAGCCUAACCCCUGUGAAGCUGAAAGGCAACCAGUGCAGCCUAGCCCUAGUGAAGCUGAAAGGCAACCAGUGCAGCCUAGCCCUAGUGAAGCUGAAAGGCAACCAGUGCAGCCUAACCCUAGUGAAGCUGAAAGGCACCCAGUGCAGCCUAACCCUAGUGAAGCUGAAAGGCAACCAGUGCAGCCUAACCCUAGUGAAGCUGAAAGGCAACCAGUGCAGCCUAACCCUGAUCAGGCCGAAAGGAUGAAUCCUCAUCGGAAGAAACUUUGCCUGCGUUGCAUACAUCCGCCCGCAGUGUCAAUGCUGCUGUCGCAGCACCACCUCGUCCCGUACCACAACCAGCCGUUCCGCUGA